GAGCGAAGCGAGUCCGGCUGCUCCGGCGCUUUCACCUCUCCCGAGCGGGGCAGGGAUGGGUUUGGGGAUGGACCGUCUUCCCCCGCAGCCCCCAGGGUCGGGGCUGAGGCUUUCUCCGCGGAGGCAGGGGUGGAGGCUGGACCCCUCUGUCCGAAGCCGAGGCUCGGCCCAUCCUGUUCUCCUGAGACCAGACUGCCUGCCCCUUCUCUCCGCCUCCGGGCUGGAGCAGAGAGGCUACACCCACACUGGGACCGGGCUCUGAUCCUGAGGCCACAGCUCAGCCUUCUGCCCUUCAACUUCCCCGGGCCCACCUGCUCCCCCACCCACCCACGGGCCAUCUCAGGGCGCUGGGGCCUGCCAGGCUGCAGCCUCUUCCCUCUCCCCCCGGGAGCAGCUCCACCCCUUCCCCUCACUGCCUGCCGCCACUGCCCCCUCAGCAGCUGUGCCCCCAGCAUGUGUCUCCUGGGGCCUCCCUCCUCUCCCUGCCCCGCGGAGCAUUUGGAGCAGAAGACUGUUUGGUGCGGCUCCUGCACUGAGGUGGAAACCCAGCAGAGCCUGCCCUUUCCCUCUAUACCCCUGACCCCCAGGGCUCCCGCCCCAACCCUCGUAUUCCUGGGUUUGGCGACUCCUGGUGAGAGGGAGCAAUAGGAGGACUCGCCAAAGCUUCCAGCUUGGCACCUGUUAGAAGGUCACUUUCUUUUGAGCAAAGGAGCUAAUGGGAGGUACCCUGCCCGUGUUCAAGGAGAGGCCCGGGUGGCACGAGCCACAGCUGCUCUGGGAGGGUUGUGGCACCUGGGGCUGGGUGGCUGUCCCUAAGCUUGCUCUGACACAAGAGUUUUGAGUUGGUCUUUUGGCUGAGCCUGCCAAGGAAGGCAGGCUCCUGCAGGAGUCUUGGAGGGUCGGAUGCGGCGCCGGAUGAGGCUGAGGCGUGGCGGAAGAUGCGUUUGGCUCUGCAGACACUGCAUCGGGCAGCAGGGGACUCUGGGAGGCUGGUGCAGCCAGAAGGCAUGGCUCUUGACAGCCUUCUAGUAGAAUCUCUGGAAUUGUGCAUCCACAAAGAGGUGAAACUGACUGGCAAACUCUCUUCUGAUUGUGCGCCACUUUUUUGUGCUGGGGAGGAGCGUUCUGGAUUCCAGAAGCAGGCUUUUGUGACCUGGUGAAAAGCACCUGGCAGAAAGGGUCAGUCACUGCCCACAGGCAUGCCUUUGGUGGGGAUCGCUGGCUUCCACCGCCACUUACAACCCUGGCUUACGUACCCAGAGUGGGCACCAAUGGACACCCGAUCUGUGCCAGGCCCUGGGCCAGCUGGGGAUGCAGAAGCGAAUCAGACCUGGGCCCUGUCCACAGGGGCUCAUGUCUAGAGGACACGUGUACAGUAAUUACAGUGAGGCUAGAAGAGCAUCGCUUCCUUUGAGUUAGGGUUCAAAUCCUAGAUCCUAAUACUGAUCUUUGGAAGUGUUUCAGCCUCUUGGUUUGUUUUCUCAUGCAUAAAAUGACAGUGAUGCCAGGCUCAUGUCAGGGUUUGGCCAGUACUGCAUGUCAAGCACUGAGCAUAUGUGGUAGCCACAGUUAUUAGAGAUGCUUGGUGCUGAGGAUGCACCAACGUGAUAGCUGAGACAAGGCUUUUUGGAGAGAUGCUGCAAGGUCGAAUAGAAGUUCCUCCAGACAACAAGGUGGGAGAAAGUGUCUGAACAAAGGAAACAGCAUAAACAGAGACCCAGAGGGAAGAUGUGCCCAACUCAUGGGAGGGAGAGUGGCGAGAGGUCAGGCUGGAGAGUUGAGCAGUGUUCCUGAAAACCAUACCAAGUUUUGGCUUUAUACUGUAGACAUGAGGAGUCAAUGAAAGGUUUCAAGUAGGAAAGUGGACAUGACAUGCUUCAGUAAAUUCUCUGAUAGCAUCGGAGGAAGUAAUUCUCAGUGGGAGAGACAGCUGCGAUGGCCUGAGUCCACCUGUCCCUUAGCCCGGCCUAGCUAAUCAUCAGAUCCCCUGGGCUUUGCUGGACCCUGUCCCACACACAGAAUCGGAGUCUAUUGUUGUUAAAUUGCCCCAGGUGGUCCUGAUGGGUGGCUGGGCCUGGGGACUGCUGAAUUGAAGGUGCUGUGGGGAUCCUUGCAGGCCUGGGAUAUUCUUCAAAGGCUUGGGCUUCCAGGGCAGGGCGGGGAAUAUAUUCCAUAAGCAGGAAUAUAAACAGCCUCAGUUGUAAAGAAACAAAAACUAAACUUUCCCCAGUUCUCCAUUUAUUGCCCUGUUAAUGAUACUCUCCAAGUGCUAAUCUUCCUUUGUAUCAGAACACUUACCCAUGCCUACUUCAUGCUGUAUCAUUGGGAUACAGUGAGUCGUAGGACACAGGCCCUGCCCUUGCAAAGUUCACAAUAUUGUGGAGAAGGUAGAUUUCAACAACUGGGAUACCUGUGAUAAGCUCUGUUCAAGAGAGAUGUGAAAAGUGUUAGCGCGUUCCAGAGCAAAGCAUAGUUCAUUCUGCCUGUAGACUUAGGAGAACGUAACACCCACAUUGAUCCUAAAAAGGAAGAGACAGAGGGAACCGCAUGAGUGAAGGUGUGAGUGCUUUAUGUAUUUGGGGAAAGGGAUGGUUAAUGGUUCUUUGUGCAGGGCAUUCAGAGCAGCAAAGGACUGAGGGGAAGCGUACUGUGUCCUGGGAAAAGCCCCGUGUUUGCACCCUUCGGUUCUGUGCCCGUGCUGCAGUCCUAUAGGCCAUCUCCCCUUUGUUCCCUACCCAAGGCUCUUCGUUCUCCAUCUCCCUCUGUGGUUCCCCUCUAUUCUGAAAUGAGUAGGUAUAGGGAAACUAAGGCAGAAAGAAGGGGCCUGAAACACUGAAGGUUCUUACUAGGAAGUUGGAGCCAAAGAACGUGGACGGGGGGUUCAGAGAGACCUUGAAGGUCACCUGUCUAGUCCUCUGUCCUGUGCUUCAAGUAAUAACUUUGGAUUGGGCAAGCCUCACUUAGUAAGUUUCCCUGUCAUUUCUUCCAGGACAGAAGAGGAAAGAAACUAACGGGUAUUGAGCACCUACUGUGUGCCAGGCCCAGGCCAGGUGGGGAUUGGUCUGUAGACUGCACAGAUGGCCCAAGAAUUGUGGCCUCUCCCGGACAUGUCAGAGAAGAAAAGGCCAUCUUUUAUAACCUUCAAGAUCUGGACAUUGGGGCAUUAAGGCAUUUGAGCAUGAGCUUUGGAGUCAGCCUCACUGGGGUUUAAAUCCUGGUUCAACCACUCACUAGCUCUGUAACCUUGGGCAACUUACUUAACUUUUAAAAUCUGUUUUUUCGUCUAAAACAAUGGGAAUAAUCACACCUCUUUUGCAGAGCUGUUAUAAGGACUAAAAUUAUGUAUAAAAAGCGCCUAACCCAGUACGUGGCACAUAAUAAAUGACAUUAUUUGUAUUGUUGAUGUUACUUCUAAGCAGAGCCUUUCCCCUCCUGGGAAACCCUGUUUCUGUCUGUUGGACAGGCUCCCCUCGCCCCCAGCCACUCUGUGCAGACUUGCUGCCUGCUGUGUCAUCGGGAACGCAAAGGCUGGGAAGAAGGUCCUUCCCAGAACGGACUGGUGUUGCAGGGUGAGAAGCUGCCCCCCGACUUCAUGCCAAAGCUCGUCAAAAAUCUCCUAGGCGAGAUGCCUCUGUGGGUCUGCCAGAGUUGCCGAAGGAGCAUGGAGGAAGAUGAAAGGCAGACAGGUCGAGAGCACGCAGUGGCGAUCUCCUUGUCACACACAUCCUGCAAAUCACAGUCUUGUGGGGGUGACUCUCAUUCCUCUUCGUCGUCCUCUUCAUCGUCCUCGUCCUCGUCCUGCCAUGGGAACUCGGGGGACUGGGAUCCCAGCUCGUUCCUGUCAGCACAUAAGCUCUCGGGCCUCUGGAACUCCCCACACUCUAGCGGGGCUGUGCCGGGCAGCUCACUUGGGAGUCCUCCUGCCAUGCCCGGCCUGGGCUCCUUGAGCCUGUCCAGCCGAGCUGCUGCCUGCAGAGAAACCUCUCCAGCCCAAGGCGGCACUGCUGGACAUUCCCGAAAGCUUAUGGUCCAUUGUGCUGAGAGGCUGUGCCAGACAGUUCCCUCUGGUCACAGUGAGGUUUUCCCCAUCUCGGAGCACCACCGGCACGCAGACCUCACUGUUCCACCUAACAGCCCCACCGGCCACCACCCCCAGCCAGCAUCGCUGAUCCCAUCUCACCCUGGAUCCUUUGGCUCACCGCCCCACCCACACCUGCUGCCCACUACCCCAGCUGCACCUUUCCCUGCCCAGGCUUCAGAAUGCCCUGUUGCCGCUGCUGCCACCCCCCACCCUCCAGGGGCAUGUCAGAGCCCCCACCUGCCCUCCACCAGCAUGCCGCUCCUGAAGAUGCCUCCACCUUUCUCGGGGUGCAGCCACCCCUGUAGUGGGCACUGCAGUGGGCCCCUGCUCCCCCCGCCGGGCUCGCAGCAGCUGCCGAGCACACACAGCAGAGACCCCGUGUGCAAGGGGCACAAGUUUACACACAGUGGCCUGGCCUGCCAGCUGCCCCAGCCCUGCGAGGCAGAUGAGGGGCUGGGCGAGGAAGAGGACAGCAGCUCAGAGCGGAGCUCCUGCACCUCGUCCUCCACCCACCAGAGAGAUGGGAAGUUCUGUGACUGCUGCUACUGUGAGUUCUUCGGCCACAAUGCGCCACCCGCUGCCCCGACGAGUCGGAAUUAUACUGAGAUCCGGGAGAAACUCCGCUCGAGGCUGACCAGGCGGAAAGAGGAGCUGCCCAUGAAGGGGGGCGUCCUGGGCGGGAUCCCUGGGGAGCCCGCCGGGGACCACCGAGAUGUGGAUGAGCUGCUGGAAUUCAUCAACAGCACGGACCCCAAAGUCCCCAACAGCACCAGGGCCGCCAAGCGGGCCCGGCACAAGCUGAAAAAGAAGGAAAAAGAGAAGGCCCAGUUGGCAGCAGAAGCUCUGAAGCAGGUGAAUCGUGGUGUUUCUGGAAGCCGGGAGCUGAGACCUGCCAGGGAGAGGCUCUUGGAGUGGCCCGACCGGGAGCUGGAUCGGGUCAACAGCUUCCUGAGCAGCCGUCUGCAGGAGAUCAAGAACACCGUCAAGGACUCCAUCCGCGCCAGCUUCAGUGUGUGUGAGCUCAGCAUGGACAGCAAUGGCUUCUCUAAGGACGGGGCUGCUGAGCCAGAACCCCGGAGUCUACCCCCCUCGAACUUCAAUGGCUCCUCAGAGCACCGGCCUGACAUCAACCUUGACCUGUCCCCUUUGACUUUGGGCUCCCCUCAGAACCACACGUUACAAGCUCCAGGCGAGCCAGCCCCACCGUGGGCAGAAAUGAGAGGCCCCCACCCACCGUGGACAGAGGUGAGGGGUCCCCCUCCCGGUAUCAUCCCCGAGAAUGGGCUAGUGAGGAGACUCAGCACUGUGCCCAACUUGUCCCGGGUGAUCUGGGUCAAGACACCCAAGCCAGGCCACACCAGCUCUGAGGCGCCAAGCCCAAAGGAAGUCCCCAGUUGCAAGCAGGAGCUGCCUGAGCCUGUGGCUUCAGGUGGGAAGCCACGGAAAGGCAAGAGACAGGGCAGUCAGGCCAAGAAGAGUGAGGUGAGCCCAGCCCCCCCCUCCACGGCCAGCUUGGAGUCUCCUGGUGCCAAGGGCCAGAUCCCCAGUCCUAAGCAGCCAAGCAAGGCCCUGGAGCCUCCCAAAGUGGGCAGCUGUGCUGAGGCCGGAGACGGGAGCCGGGGGAGCCGGCCAGGACCAGGCUGGGCUGACAGCCCCAAAGCUGACAAGGAGAAGGGCAGUUCCUGGCGAAACUGGCCAGGUGAGGCCAAGGCACGGCCUCAGGAGCAGGAGUCUGUGCAGCCCCCAGGCCCAGCGAGGCCCCAGAGCUUGCCGCAGGGCAAGGGCCGCAGCCGCCGCAGCCGCACCAAGCAGGAGAAGUCAGCCGCCUCCUUGGACGACGUGUUCCUGCCCAAGGACAUGGAUGGUGUGGAGAUGGACGAGACCGACCGGGAGGUGGAGUACUUCAAGAGAUUCUGUUUGGAUUCUGCAAAGCAAACACGCCAGAAAGUUGCUGUGAACUGGGCCAACUUCAGCCUCAAGAAAACCACUCCCAGCACAGCUCAGUGAGCUCCUGCCGGGUCCAGCUUCUUCAUGGUCUCCUGAGACCCCCGACUGCCAGCUGAAGGUCUACAGUUUCUUCCUCCUCCACAGCCCCACCCACCUGCCCAAGACCCUCGCUGCUCCCCGCCAUCCCGGACCAACCAAAAGCUGAAUGGAUGCUGAGCCGGGCUGGGACCCCUCAGGACCUCCACAGAGCCGUCUCCUGGUGCUACGCGGCCUCCACACUCAGAGCCUGGGGGCUGGGCUGGCCUGUGGGCGGGGGCUGCUGGCCCACCACUGCUCUCUUUGUGUUUGUUUUUUUGUUUGUUUUAUUUUAUUUUUUAAUUCUUUACUUUUGAUACUGUGAAGAUCUUUCCUGCCGAAAGAUAAAGCAACAUUUGGACACAGAGUUGUGUGU